AGGACUAUAGCUAGGCAGGUUGAGAUGGUCCAACAGAUUGGAAAAGGUCGCUAUGGGGAAGUUUGGAUGGCAAAGUGGCGUGGUGAAAAGGUAGCUGUGAAACUGUUCUCCUCCACUGAGGAAGCCAGCUGGUCCAGAGAGAAAGAAAUAUAUCUGACGGUCUUGGUGAGGCAUGAAAAUAUUUUGGGAUUUAUUGCUGGAGACAUCAAAGGCACAGGGUCCUUGACCCAACUCUGCCUAAUCACAGACUACCAUGAGAAUGGGUCCUUAUAUGAUUAUCUGCAGUCUACUACCCUAGAUACCAAAGCAAUGUUAAAGUUGGCCUACUCUUCAGUCAGUGGCCUGUGCCACUUACAUACAGAGAUCUUAAGCACUGAAACAAAACCGGCAAUUGCACAUCGUGAUCUGAAAAGUAAGAACAUCCUGGUGAAGGAAAAUGGAGCAUGCUGUAUCGCUGAUCUGGGAUUGGCCGUUAAGUUUGUCAGCGUCACCAGUAAAAUAGAUGUCCCGGCCAACACUCGAGUGGGCACCAAGCGUUACAUGGCGCCCGAGGUGCUGGAUGAGACUUUGGAUCACAACCACUUCUAUUCCUACAUCGCAGCAGAUAUGUACAGUUUUGGCCUCAUUCUGUGGGAAAUUGCCCGGAGAUGUGUGUCAGGUGGAAUAGUGGAAGAAUACCAGCUUCCCUACUAUGACCUGGUACCCAGUGAUCCCUCCUUUGAAGCUAUGAGGGAGAUCGUGUGCAUCCAAAAACUCCGUCCCUCCGUUCCCGACAGGUGGAAUAGUGAUGAGUGUCUACGGCGGAUGGGGAGGCUCAUGAUAGAAUGCUGGGCCCACAAACCUUCUUGCCGUCUCACAGCCCUUCGGGUUAAAAAAACCCUUGCCAAAAUGUCAGAGUCGCAGGACACACCAAACUCUAAUUGAAGGGAGAAAGGAAACCUCUGGAGAUGGCCAGCACAGGUUUUUCCU